AUGGCAGCCGCCGGCCACCAUUCACGGCCAUUCAUGGAUCUCACCGGCCACCACUGCAUCUCCAUCACCAUCACGGCGCCUGCAGGUUGGCACACGAGCCUCCACUGCUACGAGCUUCAACCUUGCCGGAAAACGCAUCAGACCAUCCCUGCACCUAUUCGUCAAUCGCCGACCACUGCAACACCCACAACUACGCCGCAUCCACCAUUAGCGCACCAGAUCUGCACCACUUCGUGCGACCACCACGAGCUUCACGCACCACCACUGCAUCCACUGCCGGAAAUGCGAGCAAGCCUCCACUACUUGCCGGAAAACACAGCACCUGCACCAUUCCCUCGCGCCACCGUGACCAUCACAGAUCUGCAACCAAAACAUCUCCUUUGUUGCAACGCCGUCCACGCCACUAUGAGCCUCCACCGCAGUAGCAGCGAAAGAGCAGCCAUAACCUCCAUUGCACCUAUAGAAACCUUAUCACGACAGCCACCAUCAACACUACCGCACCUCUUCGUUCGCGCAACAGCAGCCACCGCGACGCGCCACCUCCAUCGCGACCAUCUUCUCCGCAGUGCCUCCACACCACUGCAGCAGCGCGCCUCCGCAACUGCAACCAUUGCGUCCACACACGAACCACCACUACAGCAGCGCGCCUCCGUACCUGUAACCAUCAUUCGUGCACCUCCUGUAGCUCUACAACAAGCACCACCUCCAUCUUUUCUCCAGACCAGCGCAUUCCUCUCCUUCUCGCCGACCACCAUUCACGUUCCGCCCACACCACCCCCUCUUGUGGUACCCACACCACCCCCUCUUGUGGUACCUACACCACCCCCUCCUCUAGUACCCACACCACCCCCUCCUGUGGUACCCACACCACCACCUAUCUUUCAUCUACAACAACCUUCUCCCUUAUUGUCUGCAGCUUUGCACAAUAUUGUUAUACCUUCCCCAUCAUCAGUCCCUUCUCCUAAUAUUAUUGGCACCUCAGAUACUACUGAUGUUGUUGAUGUUGACCCUCCUCUUCAUGAGCGAACCAUGAUUGAAACGUUUAAUCGAGGGUUUCUUCCUUCUAGAGUUGCUUCCCAAGCCAUCACACGGUCCAUUAAGCAAUAA